GUCCCGCCCACUCGUUGUUGGUCAUUUAUAGUCCAGCGUUAGCAUAAAACGGGACGAGAUCUUGGGCCAAGCCAACAGGUAAUUUUACACAAGUGAAUAAGCGUAAAACAUCCUGAUAAAUAAUUUGUAGCGUAAAACGUCUUGAGAAUAAUUUGUUGAUGUCCUGACUCUAGUGACUGCGGACUUGAUAGGUUUGACGAGACAUCGCCACACCUCCUCAGCAGUCUGCAUUGAAGUGUCAUUUAACGUUCAUAUUAAAAUUGACAUGCUACAUGUUGGAAAUAAUGUUACUGGAUUAAUCGAACUCCCAGUGUAUACUUAUGUCUAUGGCAUAGUUUUCUUACGAGUAUGCAAAAAUUUCAUGCAGUCGUAGAAAGCAUUAGUGUGGGGGGGGUAACAGUCGUUCUACUCGUGCACUGAUCUGCGUUCUAGCUGUUGGGGCUAUUUCAAAUAGUAUUUGUACACGUUUUGUCUUCACUCGUAGGACAUCUUUACAUAUUCCCCUGUGGUGUUUCACUUGUAUUUCUAAUACAGAUGUGGGAGUGCACAGUUUUUACCUCACUAGUGUCAUAUUUUUCUACAGUACUGUAGAAGCGGAAACACAUUACCAGUAAAGACAAAGUUGUUCUACUGAGUACUGAAUUCUCUUACUAGUGAGGACAAAGAAUGUAUGUACAAGGACAUGGACCUUAAACUGGAUAAAAAAAAGCUAUUAAAUAAAGGCUCAGAUGGGUUUCCAUACCUCAAGUGGUAUGGAAUUAGGGGGGGUUUGGUUUAUGAAGUUCACAGUAUGCACUGUUUUUACAAAUACUACACAAUGAAGUACGUGAUUUGCGCAGUGGCUUAAAAAUAUGUCUCCACGCUGCACAAGAUGGCACAAUAAAUUUCUGAUACUUAAUGUUUUUUAUUUGAUUGUUUUAGAUUUGUGGCCUGUGGCAAAUAUUUACAGUAAUUUGGACUUCACUGCAUUGGCGUAGGUUAAUAAUAGGCCAUUGUUGGAUUAAAGGCCGAUUUGUGUACAAAUUCAGCCAUAGCAACGGAAAUUUCAUUGUAAACCGAAGACCCCCAUUACAAUGAAAAAUACAGUAUAAGUGGCUCCAAAUUCUUCCUCUCUAUGGCUUACUUUGUGUGUUUCAUUCCUGAGCUCAUCGACCAGGUACCAUGGCUUCUGUUGGGGUCCCUUCUGGGACCUCCUAUUGGCCCAGCAGGGUGGAGCUGACCGUCUCCUGCGAGAACCUCAUGGACAUGGACGUCUUCUCGAAGUCUGACCCUUUGUGUGUCCUCUAUAUCAACGCGUCUGGCUCACAGUGGCACGAGUUAGGGCGCACAGAGAUGAUCCUAAACUGCUUGAAUCCAAAGUUUGCAAAGAAGUUUGUCAUCGACUAUUAUUUCGAGACUGUCCAGAGGGUCAAGUUUUGCGUGUAUGACAUAGACAACAACACAUAUGACCUGGAAGAUGAUGAUUUUCUCGGCGAGCUUGAAUGCACUCUCGGCCAGAUUGUUUCCAACAAGCAGAUGACGCGACCGUUAAUGUUGAAGAAUGGGAGACUUGCAGGUCGUGGUACAAUUACAAUUAGCGCUGAGGAAAUAUCAGAUACGAGGGUGGCAAAUUUUGAGGUGUCUGCUCGAAGGCUGGACAAAAAGUUUUUUUGGUGGUCGGACCCUUUUCUGGAGUUCUACAAGCAGACAGACACUGGAUGGCAGCUGUCUCACAGGACAGAGGUUAUACACAACAACCUCAACCCUACAUGGAGACCCUUUCGCAUCUUUUUGCGAUCACUCUGCGGAGGAGACGUUGAGAGAACUAUAAAGGUUGACUGUUAUGACCAUCAUGUCAAUGGCGCUCACCGCCUCAUUGGAAGUUUUAAAACCACCCUUGCCGAAAUGCAGACUGCAACACACGUCUCCCCUAUUGAGUUUGAGUGCAUAAACCCAAAAAAGCUGAAGAAGAAAGACUAUAAAACCUCUGGAGUCAUUUACAUUAAGAGCUGUCAGGUGGAGAAGGAAUACACCUUCUUGGAUUACAUCAUGGGAGGUUGCCAACUUAACUUCACUAUUGCCAUUGACUUCACUGGUUCUAAUGGUGAUCCCAAAUUACCCAAUUCCCUCCACUAUAUCAACCCUGAGGGCUAUAAUGAAUACCUGUCAGCAAUCUGGGCAGUGGGUAGUGUCAUCCAGGACUAUGACAGUAACAAGAAGUUUCCAGUUUUUGGGUUUGGAGCCCAGAUUCCUGCAGCUUGGAAGGUUUCCCACGAUUUCCCCGUCAAUUUUAAUCCAUCAAAUCCAUUCUGUGAUGGGAUUGAAGGUGUGAUGCGUGCCUAUCAGCAGUGUCUGCCCCAACUGAAGCUCUGGGGCCCCACCAACUUCUCCCCAAUUAUCAACCGCGUAGCCUGGAUUGCCAAGCAAGGUCUCUACCAGAAUACAGCUGCGCAAUACUUUGUGCUGCUCAUCAUCACAGAUGGCGUGAUCACAGACAUGGACUUGACACGCAAGGCAAUCGUUGAGGCCUCUCGCCUGCCUUUGUCCAUCAUCAUAGUGGGUGUUGGUGGCGCAGACUUCAGCGAAAUGGAGUUCCUGGACAGCGAUGACAAACCGCUGCUUUCGCCCAGCGGGGAAGCCGCUGCACGGGAUAUAGUCCAGUUUGUGCCUUUCAGACAUUUCCAUGGAAACAAUGUGGGGCUUACACACAGUGUCCUCGCAGAGCUGCCUGAGCAAGUGUCAUCCUUCUUUAAUUCUUAUAAGUUGAAACCUCCAAAUGUAUGUGGCUAGUAAAGGUGAUCUGAGAAUGGUGGGCAAAAAUGACCCCCAAAUGCCUUGUAGAAAAAUAUUUAUCUGCAUCUCCAUCAAUCUUGCGCCAUUUUAGCCUAUUGUCACUGCUUUUUGUUUCAAAUAUUUAAUUUGUUUUUAAUUUUAAAAAAAUAUCUCACUGGAGAGAUGUUUUUCUGAAGCCAUUAGACAUUGUUGUUGCAUGUGUAAGGAGUAGUUGUUGCAUGAUUUAACUCAUCACCCAAAUGUAUUUAUAACAAUGUGACAUAAUGUUGUCGACAAAACCGUCACUUUCACCAUAUGAAUUUCUUUUUACAGUAAAUAAAAGCCUAACAUAAAAAUGUUUUUUUUUAUUAUAUUGAGAUACAUUACAUUCCUCAACCCGCAAGCCCUAAAAAUUUGUUUGACAACUUUGAGUUUCAUUUUAGAAUGAAUGUUUUUCAUGGGAUAUCACAUAAUUAAAUACUCCCACAAUGAUGGGCCAUCAACUGCAAUUU